UCACUUGAUCGUGAAAUCCUCGACAAACACGUGCUAAAAGUGACAGCGUACGAACGACUUGAUCCUACCGUAUCAUCUAGUGUUACCGUAACCGUGGAUGUGCUGGACGUGCAGGACAAUAGCCCUAUUUUUGAAAGGGAUUCCUAUUUUGCCGACAUUCGUGAGGAUGCGCCGGACGAGAGCAGCUCGGCUUUAACGGCUCGAAUUCCAUGCAAGUGGAAAGCAGCCCUUGAUAAAGAAUUGCAGCCAUUAGCGCUUGAAGAA